AUGCGUUUCGCCCGUGUUUUUCUCGCCCAGGCUCUGCUGCUGACGGUGGUCGCGGCCCAAAAGAGUGCUGACCCCCGGGACUUGAAUCUAUUGAAGGACGUCGCUACUGACAGCGACACGGCAACUUCCACCUCAGCUGCGGAUCCUACUUCUACGUCUUCAUCUCCAACCUCGUCAUCCGAGUCAUCCGAUACCCCGACUUCUACUUCCACUACGGAGGCCCCCACAACCUCCACCUCCUCCUCUUCGUCCUCGACACCGGCAGAAACCACAUCCUCUGACACCUCAACCUCUUCUACUACUACUAAGGAUGGUCCUACAUCCACGUCCUCAUCCAGCUCGGACAGCUCGAGCACAACCGAUGGCCCUUCCACUACCACCACCAACACCCCCGUGGUCAAGACGUACACUUCCUAUGCGACAAUCAGCGGAACCACCUCGCCCACUGUCUUGACUUCUACGUCGUCGCCAGCUGCUGGGGCAACUUCUCCCUCUCUCAAUGGGGACAAGGGCAGCCCAAGCGGCGUGUCCUCCUCGGACAAGAAGAUCAUCAUUGGUGUGGUCGUUGGUGUGGGUGGUGCUAUCGUGCUUGGCGUUCUGGGCCUGGUAAUCUGGCGAAUCCAGAAGAAGCGCAACGAGCAGGCCGGCGAUGAAGACGAUGAUCUGAUGGGCGGAACUGCUGUCGGCUCUGGGCCGCGCGAGAAGGCCCCGAGCCCCUCGUCGGGCCGAAACUCGGGCACUCCGUUCAAAAACACACUGGACCAGUACCACAACCCGGGUCCCGUCAAUGCCGCGUCGAACUUCUAA